UAGAGCGGGGCCUGGACGAGGGGCAUCCCUACGGACAUGUGAGGAAGGGGAGGAACGUCAUCACUCAUCUGAGCAGUGUCCAUCAUUUCCUUGAUCAUACAUAACUCUACUCGAGUACUUCCCCAGUACCUACCGUAGUAACUCUACCUCCCCAUAGUCCCUUUCAACAAGGACUCCUCCAGAAUACCGUAUCUAUUACCACCGCUACCGACCCUCAACACGGAAAAACAACAUAAACGAACAGAAAAAGCAACCAUGACAGAGUAUACUCUCGACACGAUCACGACCGAGCUCGCAGAUGACGACAAGGUGAAGCUUGCGGGCGUAGAUGCCGACGGCAUCCUCCGUGGCAAGCUGGUCUCGAAAAAAAAGUUCCUCUCGGUAGCCUCCGCGGGCUUCGGCUUCUGCUCGGUGGUGUUCGGGUGGGACAUGCACGACAAGACGUACUUCCGGGAGCUCUCGGUAUCGAACGCGGCGAACGGGUACCGCGACAUACUAGCGAAGGUGGAUCUCACCUCGUUCCGGCGGAUCCCCUGGGAGACCGACGUCGGCACCGGCCGCGGCAUCCCGUUCUUCCUCGUGUCGUUCCACGAUCCCGAGACCGAGGAGCCGAUCGCGCCCUGCCCCCGUGGCCUGCUGGCACAGGUCGUUGCGAAGAUGCAGCCGAGGCUGUGGAAGGCGAUGGCGGGAACUGAGUAUGAGUUCUAUAACUUUAAGGCGACCCCGAAGAGUCUCAGCGAGAAUAUGGGACAGGCCUUGGAACACAUCACGCCCGGCAUGUUUGGGUACUCGGUCACCAGGCCGGUGCAGAACCGGGAGUUCUACUACGGGGUGUUUGACGCAUGCAAGAAAUUCGACGUCCCGAUCGAAGGCUGGCACACCGAGUCCGGACCGGGGGUGUACGAAGCGGCGCUCGAAUUCGGCGAGAUCAGCGGAAUGGCGGACCGGGCCUCGCUGUUCAAGUACGCCGUGAAAGCGCUGGGCGCCAUGCACGGGAUCACGCCGUGCUUCAUGGCGAAGCCGAUCGAGGGGCUUCCGGGCAACAGCGGGCACGUGCACGUGUCGCUCGCCUCCGCCACCACGGGCGAGAACCUUUUCGCCCGCGCGGAAAAGAACCCGAGCCCAACCUUCCCAGACCUCGCGUACGUCUCCGACAUCGGCGAGUACUUCCUGGCGGGAGUGCUCGACGCCCUGCCCGCUAUCAUGCCCAUCCUCGCACCAACUAUCAACUCGUACAAGCGCCUCGUCGAGAACUUUUGGGCGCCCGUGACGGUCAGCUGGGGGCUCGAGCACCGCUCGGCGAGUAUACGGCUCAUCUCGCCGCCGACUGCAUCGCCGAAGGCGACUAGGUUCGAGAUCCGCACGUGCGGUGCCGAUACAAAUCCGCAUUACGUCCUUGCGGCCAUCUUGGCGAGCGGCCUGCGCGGCGUCGAGAAGAAGAUGAAGCUUACCAUCCCCCCGCUGGGAAAGGGCGAGGAAACGGGCGGUGGUGAACGCUUGGCUAAGACGCUGGGCGAGGCGGUGCAGAAGAUGGUGCAGAAGGAUAGUGUGGCUAGGGAACUGUUUGGCGACGUCUUCGUCGAUCAUUUUGCGGGCACUAGGCUGCAUGAGCUCCAGCUGUGGGAGCAGGCGGUUACGGAUUGGGAGGUGAAGAGAUAUAUGGAGACGGUGUAGACAGAGAGAUGGGGCACGGCUUUUUGUUUGCGUUUGCUGUGUCAUGGCAUGGCUUUGGAGUGCUGGAAGUAUGGAUCAUGGGUGAUGAA